UUUCAACAUGGCAGCUCACCUUAGCGUAACUCUCGUAGUCACUAUAAGUUUUGUAGUGAUCACCAACUUCAUACUAGAAUCCAGGGCAGAGGGUCUCGGCCGGGGGUUUGGUGAUGACAUUAACUGGAAAUCUUUGGAUGAUGGGUUGAAAGAAUCAAAAGACUUGGGUAAACCACUUAUGUUGAUUAUCCAUAAAACCUGGUGUGGAGCCUGUAAAGCACUCAAACCUAAAUUUGCUGAAUCAAAAGAAAUUAAAGACUUGAGUCAAAAGUUUGUAAUGGUGAAUGUAGAGGACAAUGAAGAACCUAGUGAAAGCAAAUACACUCCAGACGGUGGAUAUAUACCAAGGAUUUUAUUUUUAGAUUCCUCCGGAUCAGUACAUACAGAAAUUAUUAAUGAAAAUGGAAAUCCUAAAUAUAAAUAUUAUUAUCCAGAAGCAAAUUCAGUGCUUAAUUCAAUGAAGAAAGCAGCUGAAUUAUUAGUUGAAACAAGAGCUGGCAGUGACGAGUUAUAGUAUUUUCCACUUUAACUGUCUUAACAAUUAUUACUUAUUUUGCCAAUAUGUGGCAAUGUUUUUACAAACUAAAUCUGAUUUCUCACACACGCACACAAAACCCACCAAUUACUGCAACCAAGGAGAUAAUGUGUUGCAUCACCAUUUUAAUGCAUUGGAACCUGUAUAAUCAGCACAAUUGGAUGACUUGGAAUCUGUAUAAUCAACACAAUUGGAUGACUUGGAAUCUGUAUAAUCAACUCAUUGUGAAGCCUUGGAAUCUGUAUAAUCAACUCAUUGUGAAGCCUUGGAAUCUGUAUAAUCAACUCAUUGUGAAGCCUUGAAAGUUGUAAAAUCUAUUUUCCCUAGAACAUCAAGAUUUGAUUUAGUUGCUUUGUCUUUUCGUAACUAAUUAUAUUUUAACUGCUGGGGUGUAGAAGGGGGAGGGGUUCUAUUUAUUAUUAUUCGUGAUCCUGCUCUAUUUCCAGAGUGGGAGAAAUUGUCACAUACAAUAGGUGAUUUUCCGAACAAUUGCGAGAUCUCGCGAGAUGCAUGAAAGACGCGCGUCGAACGUCUGCCGCAAAAAUCGAACGAUUUGAUUUUGAACUAGAAUUUCUUUAUUUCGCAUCUUACAUUGACCCUCACUUAAUCGAAAUUGCCUAUCAUCAAAUGUGGACAGCACAUUAUUAAGCAUGGAAAUGUCCCCGAAAUACUUUCGCGUUUGUCGAAUCCCACGCGAUGUUUGACGCAACUACGACGCUAUGACCUUUGUUUGUCCUGUUUUUACGUUCGAUUUCACGCAUAACGCGUGAUUCUCGCAGUGUACGGAAAAUGGUCUAUUGUGUACAUUUUGGGUCAGUGAACAUUUCUAUAUAUGUUGAGAAUAAUUUACAGCUUUGUGAACCUUUUUUCAGUGCUGAGCAAUAAUUGUAAGCAAACCAUGAUUAAAAUAAUUAAACCCUUAAGCCCCAAACAUUUUUUUUCAAAAUUCUGAUUAAUAUCUGUAGGAAAUUAUAAAAAUUUGGUCGAACAAUUACGAAGAAAUUGUACAAAUGUGUUUUACCAACAUUUUAGCAUUAUAAAUUGUAGUACUCAAUCAGCUAAUUAAACCAUGUAUGAAUAAUGAUAUAUUGUAACAAUUUUUUAACAAUACUUUAUAUUAAUUAUUCAUGUACAUGUACUUCCAUUGUGUUUUUUGUGAAAUCUCUCACUAAAAAAAAAAAAAUCAUUUACAGUAAUUCAUAUACUGUAAAACCUGUCUCAACCGAAUGUCAUUUUCCAGGAUAUAGAAAUUUUGUAUAUACAAGCAAGUCUAUGAUAAUCAGAAAAUUGUACUGAGUUUUGACACAUUUCAGGUUUACACUAGAUUUUGGUAUGAGCGGGUUUUACUGUGAUUGUCUGCAUGAUUAUUUAUCAUUCACCAUAAGUCAUGCAUUUAAAGUGUUAGCCAUCAUGCUGUAUCAGAUUCAUUGCGAGUCCCAUGUGAUAUGUACAAGGUGUGUCAAAUAAUUUGAAUGCAUAUAGUGCAAUAACUGUCACCUUAAAAUAAGCUUAACAAAGUUCAUGUUACAUAUUUUUACAUGAUGAAAAUCAUAAGCAAUUUGGUAAAACAUGAUUCUUUGAGUUUAGUUUAUGUUAUGCAUUAUUUAAUUGAGAAAUCAAUGGUCUCCUAGGCUAGAUACCGUCUAUAAUCGCAAGAUUUAAAAAAAUCUAUGAAUAAUAGACACAUGCAAGUUCAGCAUAUUGUCAGUACUUCAAGUUUAUGCCAGGAAUUUUUGACUAAGGAUUUUAGUUUUCUAAAUGGGAUUGUUCCUAUUUGCUCUGCAAUAAUGUCAGAACCAUUCUCUGCAUACCGAGUGGAUUCUGGUAAUAAUAUUGAAAGGUUUACUUGUCUUUUGUUCUGUAUAUGGUGUUGUGAUUUAAGUCAUUUCUGGAUUUGUAAAACACAAUAAAUGCAAUAAAGUAUUUAAA